ACACACAGAAUACAUUACAAAGGUUAGCUUUGAUAAGUCCGAAGUCAAAACCUGAACCACUUUUCUCAUCUCUCUCUUCUAUUUAUUCUUAUUCUUGGUAUCCGUCGCCUUUGAAUUGAAUUGAAUUUUACUUCUCUCGCAUAAAUAAAUCAUAUUCCAAGGACACAGCUUUUCUUCAUCUUCUUUCUCUGUCACCGACUCUCCCACAAAGUCUACCUUCUGUCCAGCUAUAACAAAGAAGAUCUCACGACCUUAUUUUUUCGGUGGAUUAAUAAUAGAGAUCGUGCUUGAGGGAGUUCCGCAUGUCUCAGAGCUGACUUCUUGAGUUCUAAAUCUCAAAACAUUUUGUGUGUUAAGUGCCAUUUUUGAUUUGAUUGGAAAUGAGAAAGCAUAGCAUCAGAGAAUCCUUGAAAUCUUUCUUUGAGCCUCAUCUUCAUCCUGAUAAUGCUGAAUUGCUCAAAGGAACCAAAACUGAAAUAGAUGAAAAAGUGAAUAAAAUCUUGGGAAUCGUUGAGAGUGGUGACAUUGAGGAAGAUGAAUCCAAAAGAGCAGUGGUUGCAGAGUUGGUGAAAGAAUUCUACAGAGACUAUGAGUCCUUGUAUAACCAAUACGAUGAUCUCACGGGUGAGAUCAGGAGAAAAGUUCAUGGGAAAGGAGAGAACGAUAGCUCUUCUUCUUCUUCAGGCUCAGACUCUGACUCAGAUAAGAAGAGCAAGAGAAACGGGCGUGCUGACAAUGACAUGAUGGAGUCUUUAAAGAAACAGAACGAAGCUGCUAAUCUCGAAAUCGCUGAUCUGAAAAAGAAGUUAGAAGCAACCGUUGAAGAGAAUGAAGCAGAACACCAAGAAACCUUGAAGAAGCUUAAGGAAUCAGAAGACAUCAUUGGAGACUUGAGACUUGAAACUGACAAGUUAGCCACCAAAAACAAAGAGCUAAACCAGAAACUUGAAGCUGCUGGCGAGAAGGAAACCGAUCUGAAUCAGAAGCUAGAUGAUGUGAACAAAGAGAGAGAUGGAUUGGAAGCAGAGGUCGAGAGAGAGAAGCAAGAGAAAGCUGCGUUGCUGAACCAGCUAAACGACGUGCAGAACGCGUUACUAGAGCAAGAAGCUGCGUACAACACGCUAAGCCAAGAGCACAGACAAGUCAACGGUCUGUUCCAAGAACGCGAAGCAACGAUCAAGAAGCUGACGGAAGAUUACAGACAAGCUCGGGAGAUGCUGGAGGAGUACAUGUCGAAGCUGGAGGAGACGGAGAGGAGAAUGCAGGAGACGGGCAAAGACGUUACAUCGAGGGAAGUUGAGAUCGAGGAGCUGCAAGAGACGGUGGAGAGUCUACGAAACCGAGUGGAGAUGAAAGGGGAAGAGGUGGAGAAUCUGAUGGAGAAGAUGAACAACAUCGAGGUCAAGCUGCGUCUGUCGAAUCAGAAGCUGAGAGUGACGGAGCAAGUGUUGAGGGAGAAAGAAGAAGAGGUGAGGAGCAUCGAAGCUAAGCAUCUAGAGAAACAAGCGUUGCUCGAGGAGAGAAUCUUGAUGACUCAUGAAACGUAUCGAGGUUUGAUCAACGAGAUGUCAGAGAGAGUGAACUCGACGCUGCUGGAUCGGUUCCAGUCUUUGUCUGAAAAAAUUGAGGAGAAGCAUUUAAGCUUUGAGGAGAUUGUUGUUGAAGCGACAAGGAUGAUUUUGAAGGCUAAGGAAUGUGUGGUGGAGAUGAAGAAUGAAAAGGAGGAGAUGGAGAAGGGUAAAGAAGAGAUGGAGAAGAAGCUUGAAGGUCAAGUAAGAGAGAAGGAAGGAUUGAAAGAGUCAUUGCUGGGGUUGGGAGAAGAGAAGAGGGAAGCGAUAAGGCAGUUAUGUGUAUGGACCGAACACCAUAGAGACCGGUGUGAGUAUCUUGAAGAGGUUUUGUCCAAAAUGGUUGUGGCAAGAGGACAAAGACAGCCACAGCGAUGAGCUUAAAGUGACUUGUUCUGUCCUCCUAUCUGUAAGUCAGAGAUGAGCUAUGUUCAUUAGUUUUUGUUUUCUGAAUUUGAGUUUUCUUUUUUCUUUAAUUGUUUUUUUUUCUCAAUUUGAAAUUGUUUUGUUGGGGAAGGUGUGACUAUUGUUUUGUAGCGGUUUGUAAAAUGAUAAAAAUGGAUUUGGAUGUGUGUUGAGGUAUGUAACCCAAUUAUCUUUAACUGUAUUUUAUUUUGUUGCCAA